GGACCCACGCCUGCGCCCGCCUCCCUCCGCACCGCAGCUUCCCGGGCUGGCAGGCGUUUUCAAAAUGAAGAAAUUUAAUUUCCGAAAAGUUUUGGAUGGCUUAACGGCUUCUUCCCCUGGCAGUGGUGGCAGCAACAGUGGUGGUGGGGCUGGAAGUGGUUCCCAGCAUCCAGGAGGGACUGCAGGGGUUCUAAGAGAGGAGAUUCAAGAAACCCUAACUUCAGAGUAUUUCCAGAUUUGCAAGACAGUUCGGCAUGGUUUUCCUUAUCAACCCACAGCAUUAGCCUUUGAUCCAGUUCAGAAAAUCUUGGCUAUUGGGACGAGAACAGGUGCUAUACGAAUACUUGGGAGACCUGGUGUUGAUUGUUAUUGCCAACAUGAAAGUGGUGCAGCUGUCCUGCAGCUCCAGUUCUUGAUCAAUGAGGGUGCUUUGGUCAGUGCAAGUUCAGAUGAUACACUUCAUUUGUGGAAUCUUAGACAAAAAAGGCCAGCUAUUCUUCAUUCUCUUAAAUUUAACCGAGAACGAAUUACUUACUGUCAUCUACCUUUCCAGAGUAAAUGGCUCUAUGUUGGAACAGAAAGAGGAAAUACACAUAUUGUAAAUAUUGAAUCUUUCAUUCUUUCUGGAUAUGUUAUCAUGUGGAACAAAGCAAUUGAACUAUCCACAAAGACUCAUCCAGGUCCAGUUGUACAUUUAAGUGAUAGCCCAAGAGAUGAAGGGAAACUGCUAAUAGGUUAUGAAAAUGGUACUGUAGUAUUCUGGGACUUGAAAUCUAAAAGAGCAGAACUGAGAGUUUAUUAUGAUGAGGCUAUUCAUUCAAUUGAUUGGCAUCAUGAGGGCAAACAGUUCAUGUGCAGCCAUUCAGAUGGCAGCUUGACUUUAUGGAACCUGAAAAGCCCAAGUCGUCCUUUCCAGACCACAAUUCCACAUGGGAAAACUCAAAGAGAAGGAAAGAAGUCUGAACCCUGUAAGCCAAUUCUCAAAGUAGAAUACAAGACCUGUAGAAACAGUGAACCAUUCAUAAUAUUUUCUGGUGGACUGUCUUAUGACAAAGCUUGCAGAAGACCAAGUUUAACCAUCAUGCAUGGAAAAGCAAUUACAGUACUUGAGAUGGAUCAUCCUAUUGUUGAAUUUCUAACUUUAUGUGAAACACCCUACCCAAAUGAAUUUCAAGAACCCUAUGCUGUUGUUGUACUUCUGGAGAAAGAUCUCAUUGUAGUUGAUCUGACUCAAAGCAAUUUUCCAAUCUUUGAAAAUCCAUAUCCCAUGGACAUUCAUGAGUCACCAGUUACGUGUACAGCAUAUUUUGCCGAUUGCCCGCCUGAUUUGAUUCUAGUACUCUACUCUACAGGAGUCAAGCAUAAAAAACAAGGAUACAGUAAUAAGGUGUGGCCUAUCAGUGGAGGAGCUUGGAACCUUGGCACACAAACAUAUCCAGAAAUUAUUAUUACUGGUCAUGCAGAUGGAUCAAUAAAAUUUUGGGAUGCUUCUGCAAUAACUCUGCAGAUGUUGUACAAGCUAAAAACUUCAAAAGUGUUUGAAAAACAGAAGGUAGGAGAAGGAAAACAAACAUGUGAAAUUGUAGAGGAAGAUCCAUAUGCCAUUCAGAUGAUUUACUGGUGUCCGGAGAGCAGAAUAUUCUGUGUAUCAGGAGUCUCUGCAUAUGUGAUAAUUUACAAAUUCAGCAGACAUGAAAUUACAACAGAAAUAGUGUCAUUAGAGGUACGACUUCAGUAUGAUGUUGAAGAUAUUAUUACCCCGGAACCAGAAACAAGCCCUCCAUUUCCAGAUCUCUCAUCCCAGCUUCCUUCUUCAAGGAGCCUUUCUGGAAGUACUAACACUGUGGCCAGUGAAGGAAUAACAAAGGACAGUAUUCCUUGCCUCAAUGUUAAGACUCGACCAGUGCGGAUGCCUCCAGGCUAUCAAGCAGAACUCGUGAUUCAAUUGGUGUGGGUAGAUGGUGAACCUCCCCAACAGAUUACUAGUCUUGCUGUAAGCUCAGCAUAUGGAAUAGUUGCAUUUGGGAACUGCAAUGGUUUAGCUGUGGUGGAUUUUAUCCAGAAGACAGUACUCUUAAGCAUGGGUACCAUUGACCUAUACAGAUCAAGUGACCUUUACCAACGACAACCACGGUCUCCUCGAAAAAACAAGCAGUUCAUUGCAGACAACUUUUGCAUGCGUGGCCUGUCUAACUUUUAUCCUGAUUUAACGAAACGGAUCCGUACUUCCUAUCAGAGUUUAACUGAGCUGAAUGACAGUCCAGUACCCCUGGAACUUGAGCGCUGCAAGUCUCCCACUUCAGGACUUGCUACCAGAACUCCUGAGACAGCACCAGGCAUUUAUAGGAAUGAAAUACCAUCUGUGAAACAGAGGAAUCAAGUACAUCACUUGCCAGUUAAAGGAUCAAGAAAGUUAAGUCUGCCAACAGAUCUUAAGGCUGAUCUUGAUCACGUAAAUGGACACUGCACAAGUCCAACUUCUCAGAGUUGCAGUUCUGGAAAACGUCUUUCUAGUGCUGAUGUUUCAAAAGUAAAUCGCUGGGGUCCUGGAAGACCACCGUUUCGAAAAGCACAGUCAGCUGCUUGCAUGGAAAUUUCAUUACCAGUUACAACAGAAGAAAGCCGAGAAAAUUCUUAUAAUCGCUCUAGAAGUUCUAGCAUCUCCAGUAUUGACAAAGAUUCUAAAGAAGCAAUUACAGCACUAUACUUCAUGGAGUCCUUUUCUCGAAAAAAUGAUUCCACCAUCACUCCUUGUUUGUUUGUUGGAACUAGUCUGGGAAUGGUGUUAAUCCUCUCCCUAAAUCUACCUUCAGCAGAUGAACAAAGAUUUACAGAGCCAGUCAUGGUAUUGCCAAGUGGUACAUUCCUCUCAUUGAAAGGAGCUGUGCUAACAUUCUCCUGUAUGGACCGAACUGGCGGAUUAAUGCAACCGCCAUAUGAAGUUUGGAGGGAUCCAAACAACAUAGAUGAAAAUGAAAAACCUGGGAAACGGAAACUAGUCAUGAACUGCCCCUCUCCAUCCCAAGAAAUAGGAGAUCAUCAGUAUACAAUAAUCUGCUCAGAAAAACAAGCCAAAGUCUUCUCACUGCCUUCUCAGACUUGCCUUUAUGUUCAUAACAUCACUGAGACAUCUUUUAUACUGCAAGCAGAUGUGGUGGUCAUGUGUAACAGUGCCUGCUUGGCAUGCUUUUGUGCCAAUGGGCAUAUCAUGAUAAUGAGCCUUCCUAGUCUUCGCCCAAUGUUGGAUGUUAAUUAUUUGCCACUGACAGACAUGAGGAUAGCACGGACAUUUUGCUUUACCAAUGAAGGACAGGCAUUAUACCUCGUCUCUCCUACUGAAAUUCAACGGUUAACAUAUAGCCAAGAGAUGUGUGAUAAUCUACAGGACAUGCUAGGAGAUUUGUUUACUCCCAUAGAGACUCCAGAAGCUCAAAACAGGGGCUUUCUCAAGGGACUGUUCGGUGGAAGUGGACAAACGUUUGACAGGGAAGAGCUCUUUGGAGAAGCUUCUGCAGGAAAAGCAUCCCGCAGCCUCGCACAGCACAUUCCGGGCCCGGGGGGCAUAGAAGGGAUGAAAGGAGCCGCUGGCGGGGUCAUGGGAGAGCUGACCCGGGCGCGAAUCGCACUUGAUGAGAGAGGACAGAGGCUGGGAGAACUGGAAGAGAAAACUGCAGGCAUGAUGACCAGUGCAGAGGCAUUUUCCAAACAUGCACAUGAGUUAAUGCUGAAAUAUAAGGAUAAGAAAUGGUACCAAUUCUAAAGCUGUAAAGAAGCUGUGACUGCUUUAUGAAACAUUAUUCAGGGAAACCAAAUUUAUUCCCAGCAUCACUUUUCAACUGUUAGAAGCCAGUUUCUUCUACAAAAUGUUCCAUUACAGUUCAUCUGAAGAUAUCAUAAGGGAGAUUUAUCAGAGACACUGUACAAUCCAAAGGCUGGGACCCUGGUUAAAAACCCACGAAAUGGUUGAAUUUGCCUCUUCCCGUGUGGAAUGGAGCUAUCAUCUUGGCAUGUCAUUUGCUAAGGAUUUACACUUAGGAACUAUGGGGAGUCCUUCUGAUUUGAAAAAAUCCUGUAUAAACAAAAGCAUUAAUGCACAUAAUGAAAAAAAAAAAACCUUUGCAUGAUAAAUUAACAUCUUAAGAGGAAAAGAAAACAAGCAUGUUGUGACAGAAGAGAAAAAGAUUUAUGGUAAACUAUUUUUAUAAAUUGGGCCACACCUGACAAUCUAAAAAAUCUGCAUUAGAAGCUAUCAGUGCAUUUCAAGUAUAUUUGCCAUACCCAACUGAAAGAGAAAACUAAACAAAGCCAGAGUUUUCUUCUCAUCUAUGACUCAUUAUACUAGGACUUUAUUGAAUUCUUAUGGCAAGAGUCCAAUUAACAUUCCUUUCUCUCCAUAAUAUGUACAUCAUUCACAAUUCUCAGUCAUAAUCAAGCAUUGCCAGUACAGUAAAUUAUUUCUAAUGCAAUUAUUUCCAUUUUUUAAGACCUUUAGAACAGGUCGCUACUUUUAGCCACAACCAUGCAGGGUUGGGUCAUCUCAAAGCGUUUGUUUCAGCCUUGCUUGUACUCUGCAGGGGAGUUGAAGAUAGGCUUGGGGAGACUAACUAUAGGAACCAUGCAGUUAGCUUUGAGAGCUGAUUUCACACACUCUGGUUUCAGUUUCUAAAGUGAUAUAUUUUUAAUGCUCCAUUUGUAUCCUUAUCUGCCAAUUACACAGUAUAUUACUGUUCGAACCCAGUGGGGUCUUCAAUGCAAAGGUGCUCUUGCAGCCUGACACUCACAGACCAAACUGGUCAUUCUCUUUAAUAUGAUUCAGUAAAACCUCAGUUAACAUUUUGGGAAAGGAAUUCUGAUUUAUUACAUUUCUUAUUACAAGGGCUUUCAUUAGGAAAUACUUUGGUUCAAUACUUAUUAUUGAAAAUCUUUAUAAAACAUAAUGGUAUUUUGCUAUCUUAGCCACAGCCAU